UCGCAAGGCAAAGUGAAAACAGUCUUCGAGUGAGUUCAUAAUCGAUUGUUCAUGAUAUUUUUCACCGCGUUCAUUGCGUAUCGCCGGAAAGUGUUGUGCAAAUUCUACAGCAUAGAUCGUUUUUAUUUGAAUUGCGUUUCAUUUUGGUACACCCACGAUUACCUAAUAGGCAGAAUGUGAAUAGUGAAUGAUUGUGGUCGAAUGGAAAAAUUUUCACCUUCCUCGACAGUUUUGUGUCAGUGUCAGUAAAAGGAUAGACUAUAGAGAAGCCAAGCAAAAUACGAAUCGAAGAAGGCGUUGUCACAUUCGCGUGUUGCUUCCUGCCUCUAAAUACGAUACUGAUUGUUCAUCAAUCAUUGUUUGUAAUCCAUUGUCUAUCAGUUUUGGAUUGUGUUUGAAACGUCUGCCAAACGUAAAAAUAUCUUUUUAAAGUGUUUAGUAUUUGGUGAAUAUUUAGUCUCAAAUCGAAUACGACAGACGAACUGGGAUAGAGAAAAGAGGUACACCCUUCUCUCUUUCUCUCUGGCUAAUCGAAACCUACUGACAAAAACAACAGUCAUUAAUCCGCGCAGUCCUUCCCGUUCUCUCGUGUACUGUUUGUAUCUCAUUCUCUUUUUCUCGUGUGUGUGUGUUCAUUUGUACCACCGAAAAAAUAAAAUAGGCAAAAGUACAACGAAAAUAUUAAAGGUGUUCCGCUCUUGCAUGUGUGGUGUACGGUAUUAAAGUAAUGUGGUGUUUUUCAUGCGUCUCUGCUCCAACUAAUUCAGAACCAAUGGCAGCCAUCCGCAAGAAGCUUGUGAUCGUCGGCGACGGUGCUUGCGGUAAGACAUGUUUGCUUAUCGUAUUCAGUAAGGAUCAGUUCCCGGAGGUCUAUGUGCCGACCGUGUUCGAGAACUACGUGGCCGACAUCGAAGUUGACGGAAAACAGGUCGAGCUAGCGUUAUGGGACACGGCAGGUCAGGAGGAUUACGACCGGCUCAGGCCGCUGAGCUACCCAGAUACCGACGUUAUACUAAUGUGCUUCUCCGUCGAUUCGCCUGAUUCACUGGAAAAUAUACCCGAAAAAUGGACCCCUGAGGUUAAACAUUUUUGUCCAAACGUACCCAUUAUUUUAGUUGGCAACAAAAAAGAUCUCAGAAAUGAUCCCCACACAAUUAAGGAAUUGGCCAAAAUGAAACAGGAGCCAGUGAAGCCACAGGAAGGACGUGCAAUGGCUGAGAAAAUAAAUGCAUUUGCUUAUUUGGAGUGCUCGGCCAAAUCGAAAGAGGGCGUACGCGAGGUAUUCGAAACUGCCACCAGGGCUGCGUUACAGGUCAAAAAGAAGAAGAAGAGUAAAUGUGUUUUGCUCUAAAAGAGCAAACGUAACCGCUUACCGGAUGAAACAUGCAACAAAGCAACCUACACACACAGACACGCAUACACGCCACACGUUUCGCGGAGAGGAAGGGAAGUGUUAGGGAAAGCGCGCAGGAUAAGCAAACUGCUGGAAAGAGGAAACCAACUACUAAGAAACGAGUCUAUCUCUACCGUACAAUAGUAAAUCAACAACAUACACACUCUCAUUACGCGAGGGAAAGAAAUCACGAACAGAGCUAAAGUGAGCAUCAUUUUUUUUCCAAUUCAACUUAUCGAAAAGUAAAACAAACAAAAAAAAUCGUCAGAUAAUCCGGUAUUCUUUCCUCUCCAAACUUUUUUAUUACUUGUCGCGCGGGCAUCUAUUAGAUGUGUUUUUAUUACUAAUUAAUAAUGAUAAAACUCCUAUUAUUAUACUUUAGAAUACAUGAAACAAAGAUUAUUUGGAAGGAAGUGAAAAACAUGUUGAAGAUAACAGUCUAAAUAAAAGGCUAGAUUUUUAAACAAACACA